AUGCCCACCGUCAGCGUUCCCCGCGAUGAGCUCUUUCGCCGGCUCGGCCGGUCCUAUACUGUCACCGAAUUUGACGAACUCUGCUUCGAGUUCGGCAUCGAGCUGGACGAAGUCGUAGAGCCCGGAACUGACGGCGCCACAGAAACGAUCUACAAAAUUGAGGUUCCAGCAAACAGAUAUGACCUCCUCUGCACGGAGGGAAUCUCGCGCGCGCUGUACGCCUUCAACAACCCCGACGCGCCGCAGCCGGUCUACCGUCUGCAGCCCGCGACACCGCAGUUCACCAUGACUGUCAGAUCUUCGGUGAAGCAGGUCCGCCCGUUCGUCGUGUGCGCGAUCCUGAGGGGCGUGAAGCUAACGAAGGAGAGUCUCGCGUCGUUCAUCGAGUUCCAAGACAAGCUGCACCACACGCUCUGCAGGCGCCGCUCUUUGGUAGCUAUCGGCACGCACGAUUUCUCCAAGGUGCAGCCGCCGUUCGUCUACGAUGCCCGGCCGCCGAAGGACCUCAAGUUCGUUCCUCUGGGCUGCGACCGCGAGAUGACUGGCGAGCAAGUGAUGGAGCACUUCUCUACUCAUUUGCAGCUGAAGGCGUAUUUGCCGCUCAUUCAGAGCUCGCCGGCAUACCCCCUGAUUCUCGACGCGCAGGACCGUAUCCUGUCGCUUCCGCCGAUCAUCAACGCGGAAUUUUCCAAGGUCACCGAAGCCACGCAGGACAUCUUCAUCGAAUGCACCGCUAUGGACAUCACCAAGGCGCAGAUCGUGUUGAACACUCUGGUCGCGAUGUUUUCGGAGUACUGCAAAGAGCCCUACACGGUGGAGCCCGUCCAGGUCGUCUACGAGGUGGCUGCGAAUGCGCCUGUGGAUCGCAGCAUGAAGUGCGUGGACGACGACAGGAAGCAGACCGGCGACGGCUCCAUGAACGGCUGGGCCUUUCCCCGCGUGGACACCCGCAGCAUGACGUUCUCGCUGGAGUACUUCCGGCGCUUAACAGGCAUUCCGGUGCUGACGCCCGCUUCGUGCACGAAGCUGCUCAAGCGGAUGAUGCUGCAGACGAACUUUGAUCCGAAUGCAGCGGGGCAACCAGACGCGGACUGCCUCGAGGCCUCGAUUCCCAUCACACGCAGCGACAUUCUCCAUGAGCGCGACAUCGCAGAGGACGUCGCGAUUGCGUACGGCUUCAACAAGCUGCCGGUGACGCCUUCGCAUCUGCUCACGAACGAGAUCUUGAACUGCCUCUCGGAGAAAAUCCGCAACUUCGCUGCGGUCUGCGGAUACACCGAGGCGCUCAACUUCUCGCUGUCGUCUUUCGCCGACAGCUUCACCAGCCUAGGCAGGAUGCCUGCCGAAGCAGAGAGUUGCCUUUGCAAUCCUGUGGAGUAUCAACUCGCGCCGCAUCCUGUGCGCCUCGCCAAUUCGAAGACGCGCGAGUUCGAGCAAGUCCGAACGACGCUCAUUCCGGGGCUUCUCAAAACAAUUGGCGCAAACAGAGGGCGACGUGAGCUCCCCAUCAAGCUCUUCGAGCUCGGCGACAUCUGCGUGCUGGACUCAGCCACGGAAGUCGGCGCAAGGAACCUGCGCUACUGCUGCGUGGCCUUCGCGGACGAACACUCUUCCGGCCUCGAGGAAGUUCACGGUGUACUCGAUGCACUGAUGCAGAGUCUGCAGUUCGUUGGCGACUACGCGAUUUCGGAGAUGGAAGCCGCGGCGGCCGCUGCAGCAACGGAGAAGGCCCCGGGCGCCGGCGAACAGGCUGGCACACAUGCCGCGGAGAACUUGAAGCGCUUCCUCGCGCGGCUGCGGGGGACUUUCAAACUCGUGCCUUCGCACGAGAAAACUUUCCUGCCUGGUCGCCAGGUUCAGAUCGUCGCGAGUCCGAAGACAGCGGACGAAUCCGAGAGCGUCCCGCUGCUACUCGGCGUCAUGGGCACCGUUCACCCGCACACCUUGAAGGCCUUCGGGCUCACCAUUCCUGUUUCCGUCUUGGAGCUCAACCUGGAGGCUUUCGUCCAGUGGCUCCCCGCCAUCGACUUGGUGGCAAGCUAA